UGGCCCGGCACUGUGCAACACUUCCGCCUUCUUGGGGCGAGAUCGUGUGAAUGUUCCCACUUUGGUCUUUUUGUUGCCGUUUUUCUGCAUCUGCUGCUUUUUUUUUUUUUUUUGUUAAUAAAAUUGAAGCCACCGACAACGAAGAGUGUGAGAAAACGUCGUCUCUUGUUCCAGGCUGGCUUCGGCGUUCUCUGAAGCGUUUUUAGCUCCUUUUAGCUCGUUAGCCGCUAACAAAGAGGAGCGAAGCAAGCUAGCUAGCCACAAAUCGCGGUGUUGGCAUUUUUGUGGAAAUGAGCGACGAAGUGGAAAUCCAUCUCAAGUUCUGAAAAGAACGACAGCAGAACACCGCGAGGAAGAGCGGCGGCGCUCUUUUCAAGCCUCAAAUGGACUCGCACACAGCAGACACCCGGCGGCCGCUUGUGCCGAGGCGCCCCCACCUCAGAGAGGAGCAGCCGGAGCCCCCCCCCGUCAAGGAGGAGGAGGAGGAGCGCGGCAUCGCUCAACAAGCGGAGCUCGGCGCACCUCCGGCGGCCGGACUCCUUGUGAAAAGCGAAGCCGACGGUCCGCGUGAGGGGGAGGAGGAGGGAGGAUCGGAAGCCGAGCGCCUCGCGGCUCCGCUCUCGCGCGACGGGGACUCGUCCACGUGGCGCUCUGCCGGCACCCAUGACGGCGACAACGGGGAUGAAGAAGACUCGAAAGACGUCCGGCAGCCGCAGCCGGACCCCCCCGACGUCAACGACCGUGCGAUGGGAAUGAUCGUGAAGAGCGAAGACGACGACGGCGCUCCGGUCUCGGACCCACACGAAGAUGACGACGAUGGCGAUGAAGCCAAAGGCGAUCACGCGAGAAGCCAAACCGACACGUUUCAAUGUCAUCAGUGCGACAAAAAGUUUGUCGGCAGGCGACAUUUGAUGCGACACAAGCGGUGCCACACGGGGGAGAAACCGUUCGUUUGCUCCUUUUGCAGCAAAGCUUUCCCUCGCAACGAACAUCUGGUGUCGCACGUGCGGAUCCACACGGGGGAGAAACCUUUUGCGUGUUCCGUGUGCGCUCAGACCUUCUCUCACAAGUCCAACCUGACCACGCACAUGAGGAGACACACGGGCGAGAAACCAUACGAGUGCCGCGUGUGCGGCGAAAGCUUCUCGUGGAAGGUCAGCCUGACCGUCCACACCAAGACGCACACCGGGGAGAAACCAUUCCGCUGUUCCCAUUGCAGCAAAAGCUUCUCGCUCAAGGAACAUUUGAUUACACACACCAGGACGCACACCGGAGAGAAGCCUUUCUCUUGCUCCUUUUGCCAAGUGCGUUUCGCCGACCGCUCGGCCUUGACCAGACACGCGCGAACGCACACCGGGGUCAGACCCUUCUCCUGCUCCGUGUGCGCCAAAAGCUUUUCCCUGAAGGCGUACUUGACGGAGCACGUGGCAUCGCAUGCGCGACAAAAAGCCUUUUCGUGCGCCAAAUGCAAAUCCAAGUUUAGCUUCCGUUCGGCGUUGAUGAGACACAUGAAGACGCACGGCGGGGAGAAAUCGGUCAGUCGCGGGCCAGUGAACAAACGCUGGCGUGCCGCUGAACGGAGCAGCAGCCGGUGAGGACGGCGCGACUUUUCUUUGCUCUUGUCGGCGGAAUUGAGAUUUUCAAAAGUUGGUAAACAAAGAACGUGUUUAUGCCAAACGCACCACAAAAGACAAGAUAGUGCGUCGAUAUUUGGAAAAAAUAGUUUGUCAAAUGCCAGGGAAAAAUGCACACUUGAAAGAAAAUAAUGGAUGGAUGAACGCGGGGUGUUUUUACCGGCGCGGGGGAGGUUUUUGUCGUCGUCGUCGUCGUCGUCGCGCGCAACGGCAAGCGACUCUCUGCCUAUUGUGUCGGACGUCGUUGGCAUUUCACUUCUUCAAAUCUUGCCUUCAGCUCACUCCACGGUAACAUCGACCUGGAAUGUCCAAAAAGGGACGAAACCCUGCAGUCAAAGUUGCUCACUCGUUGGUCACUUUCAAUGACACAGAAAGGAAAAAGAAAAUGAUGAUAAUGAAGCAUCCAGAGACAAAUGCUUGCAUCAUGCCAAGUGGCUUGAAACAUUGCAAGGGCCUAAAAGCCGUACAUUGAAGGGUCAUUUGUUUUUGUGUUUUUUUUU